AUGGUACUUGAAUUAGUUGUAAAUUUAGAAAAUCACAAGAGGAGAAUAUGGAGCAUCUGCUGGAGUCCAGAUGGAAAUUAUUUAGCUUCUGUAGGUGCUGAUAAAUAUAUUAUGAUAUGGGUGAAAAAAAAUAAUGAGAAGAUAAGAAAAACUAAUAAUAGUAAUAAGAUAAUGAAAAAAGCUUUAAAUAUAUUCGGUGAAAAGACGCAGAUUAAAAGUAAUAUAGAAUUCGAUAUUUAUGAUAUUAUAGAAACAGAUCAUGAAAAAUCUUUAAGACAUAUUGAAUUUUCUAAAGAUGGAAGUUUUUUUGUUGUUGCUUCAUUUGAUUCUAAAUGCUCAAUAUAUAAAAAGAAUAAUAAUGAUAAAUGGGUCUAUUAUAAAAUGUUAGAAGGUCAUGAAAAGGAAGUUAAAUGUGCCUCGAUUCAUCCUUCAAACAAAUAUAUUGUAACAUGUGGUAGGGAUAAAAGUAUAUGGGUUCAUGCAAAGGGAGAAGUUGGAAAGACAGAUAUGAACAGUAAGAACCAUGCAAGUUAUAAUAAUGAAAAUAAUGAUGAUAAUAAUAAAAAUAAUGAUGAUAAUAAUAAAAAUAAUGAUGAUAAUAUUAAAAAUGAUGACAAUAAUAAUAAUAAUUAUGAUAAUAUCAAAAAUGAUAAUAGUGAUAAAAAUAACACAAGUGAUUUUAUUCUUCAAGAUAAUCAAACUCUAUCAAGCCUUGACAAAAAUAAUAAUCUACAACCUAGUAGUAGUCUAGAUUUCCACUUUGAUGCUUACCUUACAGCACACACAGAAGACAUAAAAUUUGUGUCAUGGUGCCCUUUAAGUGAAAACACAUUUAUAUCCUUAUCUUAUGAUAAUUCUUUAAAAUUAUGGACUAAAAUAAUGAAUGAAUGGAAUUGUAUACAAACAUUAAACGAGCACACUUCAGUUGUAUGGUGUGUAACAUUUAAUUUUGAUGGUUCUCAAUUUGCUACUUGCUCAGAUGAUAAAACCAUUAGAAUUUGGAAGAGUGAUAAAAAAUUAAAAUAUAAUUUGAAUAAGUAUCCUUUUCUAUAUGAAAAAGCGAUAAAGGAUGUUAAAGACAGUUCAUAUAGUAAGGAGACAAGCAAAAAUAUGGACGAAGAAAAAAUUAAUGAUAAUAACACUACAUGUGAAAAUAAAAAUGUAGCACAAAGUAAUGAUACAAUAAAUAAUAACAACAACAAUAAUGAUAAUAAUAAUAAUAAUAAUAAUAAUAAUAAUAAUAAUAAUAACAACAACAAUUAUAAUAAUAAUAGUAAUAACCAUAUUGAUGGUGGUGUUCAGAUCAAUCAAACAUGUGAAGGUAAAGAACCGACAGAAGGGAUCAAUCAAAUGACAGAAGCAAAAUCAAGAAGCAAAGAAAAUAUAAACAAUACAGACAUAAAUAAAAAUAAUAACCAAGAAGUUGUAAAAUCUAAAGUAAAAAGUGAAAAUAAAAUAUUUAAAAAAACAACCAACUUUUUUAGUAAAUUUAAAGAAAUUAAAAGUAAAAAAGAAAAUGAACAAAAAUAUAUUUCAUCAAAUAUUACAAUAAUAAAUUAUUCAGAACAAAAAGAUGAUUUAAGUGCAUUAUCUAAAGUAUAUAUUCAACAUAAUUUUGUGCCCUUAUAUUUUAAUAAUGGUCUUUUUAAAUAUGUAUAUAAUUUCUCACAAGUAGAAGAUAAUACAAAUAUCAAUAAUGAUUUAAAGAAAAAAGAACAACAUAAUAAAGGUAAUAAUAAUAAUAAUAUAAAAGAUAAUGUUAUUAAAAAUAUAGAUAAUAAUAUAAUAAAUAAUAAAGAAACUGAUGAAAUAAUUAAUAAUGAUCUUAUAGAUAAAAUUAGUAACCAUACAAAUAUAGAAAAUGAUAAUAAACAAAAAAAAGAAUAUGUUGAAGAUUUUCAAGAAACAUCCAUACAUAUCUCAGAAGAUACUAAUUCAACAAUUAAACAAAAUAUAAAUAAUAAAGAUCAAAAUAUAAAUGAUACCAAUUUUGAUGAUUGGAAAGUAAAUAAUGUUAUACAAGGAUAUCAUAAAAGAAGUGUUAGUUAUAUUGAUUGGAAUGCAUAUGAAGAUUUAAUAGCAGCUUCAUCAUUUGAUAAUUCAUUGAAAAUAUUCAAAAAAAUUAAUGAACAAUGGGAACUCAUAUCAAAUAUAGAUAAUGCACAUAUGAGUGAUGUUAAUUGUGUUGUCUGGUGUCCUCAAAAAUAUCAAGAUUACUUUUUAUUGGCUACAGCUGGAGAUGAUUGUGUCAUAAAUAUAUGGAAAUACACAAAGGGAUGA